AGCCUAGUCAGUAGCCAUAAAAAGAUCUCGUUAAUGCGUUUGAGUUUAAUGUUCUAGUCACACGGACUAAUUCUGUUUAAGUCAAACCAAAUUUGCAUUUCAAGAAAUAUUCUAUAUACAUUUUAAGGACGCAAAUUCACUCCUUCAAAAUAAGGGCACUUAGUAGGCAGCCUAUCCAGGUUGUGCGCCUCGGCGCCAUUUUCCCUGGGAGGGAAUGUUAACAGAAGCACACUGCCAACGUGCACUAUUAAGGGCCCUAGAAAUCUGUUUUACGAAGUGAUAUAAAAUAUGGAUUCGGCGUCGACCAGCUCCAAACUCAUCUAUAAAAUGUCUACUGAGGAUAUCACCAAACUGAUACAGCUGCGGUCGAGCAACUCAGCGCUUUUUGACGGGAGGAAAAAUUCGUCUAAAACAGCCUGGAGUGCAAUACUCAGAGAAAUGGGGCUUGAGGAAAAGAUGACAACUGAGCAAAUUGCCAAAAAGUGGGAAAACCUGAAGGCGAGAUACAAGGAUGCCAAAUAUCCUCCCACUGGCGUGGAGAAGAACCCCACCUGCUGGAAAUGGUUCAAUCUCAUGGAUGAUGCUCUGGGUGAAGAGUUUGACGAAAAGAUCAGCCAGCAAGUGAUCACAUCAGAAGCUGACAAUGACAGUGCACCUCAUUCAAGCAAGAGGUUACGCCAAAUCAAAGUUGGAGGGGAAAUUUUGGAAUUCCUGGAAGAGGAAGGAACGUCGGUGAACGUGCCGCCAGCCCCCAGACCGCAUCUAGUUAAGCGAGGACAACAAAAAGGCAAGCAGACAACAGAAAGUCACUCGUUGGACAUUAUGCGAACCAAACUUCAAAGAGAAAGACAGCUUCUAGAAAAGGAACUCGGAGGCCUAGACAGAGAAAAAGCACUUUUAGAGCGGGAAAGGGCCCUUGCUGAUCGGGAAAGAGCGGCGCUUCAGCGGGACAGAGCCCAGGUAGAAAAAGACAAAGCUGCGGUUAACAGAGACAAAGCAUCUUUGGAACAGGACAGAGCCCGCCUGCAGAAAGACAGAGAAGCUUUGGCGAGGGACAGAGCGACCCUUGAAAGAGACAGAAGGUCGGGGCAUAUCACAAAUCAUGUGAAAAGCAGUUCAGGGUGCAACGGGCUGGACUGUCCCCAUGAAAAGAACAGAGAAAGAUUAAUAUUCUUACUUGAAAGGGUGAUUGAAAAAAUCUGAAACCUCAGGGAAAAACAUUUGGUGAACAAUCUUGGUUUGUUGUCUGAAGAUACUUUUGAAUGGCAAAAGUUGGUGUAUAUUAAUCAUUAUUAUUAAUUAUUUUUUGUAUUUUCACUCCAAAAUCAAUCGCAUUUGUUGAGCGUACACAGUCUAUAAUGGAUUCUACAUACAACAAGGUGCACAAGGACCCCUAAACUAAAAUAUUUUUGAAAUUUGUUUACUGAUUUGUAAAAGUUGAAAGAAACGUGUGAUGCUUUUUUUCUGAAAUAAUGUAAAAUAACAGUGUCUGUAAGUGAAGUCAACCAUUUGUGCCACAAAAUAAAUGUCAAAACAAGAUUCAUGGUCCACCUUGUCAUUCAGAAACUUAAAACUUUGUUGUGGAGACAACUGACCCCCAUACAGAGUCACAAAAAGUAAUGUGUUUUCAACAAACAGUAUCUUUUUCCUAGUUAUUGCUUUUUUUGCAGUCAAUUCUUUACAGUUUUUAGGUUUUAGGUUUGUGGCUUUCACAAAUAAACCUACACUGAAGAAUAUACACCAGAGGUGCUGUAACAACAAGCCAGGGUCUCACAUAUUUUCCCUCAUAUUGUUUACAAAAAAACCAAAAAAACAAACAAUGUAUAUUAUUAUCAUAUGUGUACAGUGUCUAAUAAAUAAGUAAUAAA